ACCUUACACCUUACACCUUACACCUUACACCUUACACCUUACAUCUUUUGUAAUUCGAGAUACGAGGCUCGUGUAGAUCUAUCGCGCGCGCAACAUGACACAAAGAACGAUCCUACAAUAGCCUGCCUCGAGAAAAAUCGCGUUACACGAUUUCAUAUGUACCUUCCGCGAUAUCGUAUUUAUCGAGUGCACCUGUCAUUGCGAUUUAAUCGCAUUAUCCGCCGUAGCUGGAUAGUGCGAUUCGCUCGAGAUAAGGUCGACAACGUCCUCGAUAAACCUCAGUGCGUUACCAAUAACUAGCGACAACCAACGGGUCAAUUAGUCGAAGACGAACGAGUCGUUUCCGAUCCGUGUUCGCGAGAACCUGCCGCCGCGAUAUUUUUCGGGAGAGGACAUCAUCUCGAGCAACCGUACCUCGGAGAUGCUUUCCCUGUGUUGCCGGAGGACGUCCGAGAUGACGACAGAUACGUUCAGUGGCCAAGAACGCGUCGACGACGAUUACUACGGAGAACUCGCGACUGCGAGGAAGCGCGGAGUGAUCGGGGACCUGGAGUCCGGGAAUGCUCGAAUCGUUGUCUACGAGAAGAGCGAAAAGACCAAGGAGCUGAUCAAGGAUGCGAUACUGAAGAACAAAUUCCUGCAAGACCUCGACGAAAAGCGGAUCGGCGAUCUGAUCUCGACGAUGCGCCCUAAGACCGUGGAGGCCAACAGCAGGAUCAUUCACGAAGGAGAAAUCGGCACGCAUCUCUACGUCUCCGAGGAGGGCACCUUCGAAAUCUGCAUCGGCAACGUCUCCCAUGGGGCCUUCGGACCCGGCGUUGCUUUCGGGGAGCUGGCGCUGUUGUACGACACCAAGAGAUUGUGCUCCAUCGACGCGAACACGAAUGGCAAGGUGUGGAUACUGGAUAGAAGCGUGUUCCAUUCGAUAAUGGCGAUCGGCAACGAAAAGGAGAUGGAACACAGCAUGCAGCUGCUUCGGAAAAUUCCAAUCUUCAACGACAUACCGGACGAAGCGCUUGUGAAGAUCACUGAUCUGAUAGCGGUGGAAUUCUAUCCUGCGAACGUGUACGUGAUACGACAAGAUGACUACGGCUCCAAGUUCUACAUCGUGAACGCUGGAAGCGUUAAGGUAACGAUGAAUAGUCCCGGAGGAAUAGAAAAGGAGAUGACAAUCUUGAACAAAGGUGACUAUUUCGGCGAGAAAGCUCUCUACGAAGAAGAGUCCUGUAGAAAGGCGAACGUGAUCGCGAUGUCCCCUGGAGUGGAGUGCUACACCAUCGAAAGAUCAGAUUUCCUUACGUACCUGGGCGGUCUGAACGCCAUCAAGAACAAGAACUGGCUGCGGCACCAAAAGUCCACGGAACCCGACGACUGGAGCGACGGUUUCAAGAGCUUGACCUUGUCGGACCUGAUGUUUCACACGACCAUCGGGGUUGGCGGAUGCAGCCGAGUCGAAUUGGUAACCGUGAAAUCGAUGCCCGACACCAGCUUCGCUCGCAAGAAGAUCAAGAAGCACACGAUCACGAAGGAAGGCUUCCAGAAGAUGGUCUACAACGAGAAGAUGAACCUGAGGCUGAGCGACUCGCCUUUCGUUUGCCGAUUGCACAGGACCUUCAAAGAUAAAAGAUACCUGUACUUUUUACUGGAGGUGUGUCUCGGUGGAGAUUUAAGGACAGCCUUGUACAGAAACGGUCGUUUCGAUAAUAAGAAAACGAGAUUCGUCGUCGCAUGCGUCGUCGAAGGUCUGAACCAUCUUCAUUCGUUGGGCAUCGUUUACAGGGAUUUGAAGCCGGAGAACGUCGUGAUCGACGGUCAUGGUUACGCCAAGCUUGUGAGCCUUUCUUCUUUUUUACCGAUACCGAUACCGAUACCGAUCGUUGGCAGCGUUUUGCUGAUUUUCAAGCGGUUCUUGCAGUGCGAUCUUGGAGCCAGCAAAUAUAUCGGCGGCUACAAGACGGGGACCUUUAUAGGAACGCCGGAAUACUUGGCUCCGGAAAUUAUACAUAGCAAAGCGUACAGCCGAGCCGUCGAUUACUGGGCAUUGGGUAUCGUCACGUACGAGUUGCUUCUAAAUCGGACACCGUUCCAGAGCAUCAACGAUUUGGAAACGUACAACAAUAUUCUUUUAGGUUUCAAAGAAUCGCUUCUGCCGCCUGCUAUAAAAUCUGCGACGAAAUCGUUCAUCGUGGCUCUUCUGCAAGAGGAUCCUACCAAACGACUCGGAUGUCUGCGAAACGGCGUCGAUGAUAUUCGUGGUCAGAGAUGGUUCCACAAUUUCAAAUGGCAAGAUUUCCAGCAACGUAAUAUACCGUCGCCUAUCGUGCCAACGGUAAGCAAGCAAUUCGAGACUUACACUCGUCUCUGUUUCAUAUUUCUACCUCGAUUCUACCUCGAUCGAUUCUACACGCGUAUUACAAUAAUCGCGUUAUUCUGAUCGCGUAAUACGCAUCGUACAAAAUUGUUCCCGAAGACGGAAAUUAUACCGAAAUAGCUUACCCGCGAUAACGGUUAACCCGCCUUUCUCGGUUAUGUCGGUUGAUUCCUGUAAAUUUAUAAUAUUAAUUGCUCACAGAUAAAAGGUCAUCUCGAUGUUAGAAACUUCGACAGAUACCCGCCGGAUCAUGCAGCAGCGC